AGUGUGUAUAAAUAGAGAGGCAGAGGCAGAUUGCUUAGUAGUUGGUACGCAGCCAACAUCCUCCAUUGCAUGCAGCUAUAGCUAGGUAUAGCUGCAUUCGGUUGAGGCCAACCGGCAACCACACACCACACCACAUUACUCACACGCAACGACGAUGAGGAGGCCGCGGCUGCACGAGCUGUUCGCCGUUGUGCUGGUGGCGGUGGUGCGGCCGGCUGUGUGCCGGGAGCAGCAGAACAAUGGGACGGCGGCGGUGGUGACGGACGAGGAGAGGCGGAGCCCGAAGGCGACGGCGGUGAUCGUGUUCGGCGACUCCAUCGUGGACCCGGGGAACAACAACAACCUGCACACCCAGAUCAAGGCAAACCAUCCGCCCUACGGCAGGGACUUCGACGGCCACGUCGCCACCGGACGCUUCUCCAACGGCCUCGUGCCCUCCGACCUCGUCGCCCAAAAACUUCACGUGAAGAAGCUGGUUGCUCCAUGGCUAAACGUCGAUCACACUUCAGAGGACCUCCUCACCGGUGUCAGCUUCGCCUCCGGUGCCACCGGAUACGAUCCCCUCACCCCAAAAAUCGUGGGCGUGAUCACUCUGGAACAGCAACUCGAGUACUUCGACGAGUACCGCAGCAAGUUGGUGGCCAUUGCCGGCGAGGAAGAGGCCGAGAGGAUCAUAGACGGUGCCUUCUUCUUUGUGUGCGCUGGCUCAGAUGAUGUGGCGAACACAUACUUCACCACUCCGUUCCGAAUGCUGGAGUACGACAUUCCGUCCUACGUGGACCUCCUUCUCGUCGGCGUGGACAAGUUUCUCCGAGGUGUGAGCACGCGCGGAGCAAAGCUUGUCGGCUUCGUGGGUCUCCCGCCCAUUGGGUGUGUGCCGUCGCAACGGACUGUCGGCGGCGGGUUGCACCGUCGAUGCGAGCCCAAACGCAACUACGCGGCACAACUCUACAACUCGAGGGUGCAGGAGCUCAUCAAUGGGUUGGACGCGGAGCCCGGGUUCAACACCCGCGUUGUCUACCUCGGGAUCUAUGACAUUAUCCAAGAGCUCGCCGAGGACGGGGGGCGGUGGGGGUUUACGGAGACGACCCGCGGGUGUUGUGGGACCGGGCUCAUUGAGGUGACGAAUCUCUGCGACUCAAGGUUCAUGGCGGUUUGCGAGGACGUAUCCAAGCACGUCUUCUUUGACAGCUUCCACCCCACGCAAAGGGCGUACAAGAUAAUUGUCGACAACAUGUGGGACACCUACGGAAACCUCCUACAACCCUAAAUGGAGUUUCUUGACAUUGAUGGGUGGCCAUGGAUCAACGAACAAUGAAAUUGUAAAUGACAUAUAUAUAUUUGUCUGAGA